UUAAAUCCCCUCCUCGCCGCCUCUCUCUCGCCACCACUCCUCCUUCUUCCUCUAUCUCUUCAACCUCGCAUCUCUCACGUUUUGCCUAUUCCUCUCUCCUUCUCUCUCUUUCUCUCGAUACUAGCAAAUGGCAGGAACUGGAGUAGUAGCAGUCUACGGAAAUGGAGCCAUAACCGAGACCAAGAAGUCCCCCUUCUCCGUCAAGGUCGGCCUCGCUCAGAUGCUCCGUGGCGGUGUCAUAAUGGACGUCGUCACGCCGGAGCAGGCUCGCAUCGCCGAGGAGGCUGGUGCCUGUGCCGUCAUGGCGCUCGAGCGGGUCCCUGCGGAUAUCCGAGCUCAGGGGGGAGUGGCUCGUAUGAGCGAUCCUCAGCUAAUCAAGGAGAUCAAACAAGCCGUUACAAUCCCUGUAAUGGCCAAGGCUCGUAUUGGCCACUUCGUUGAGGCUCAAAUCCUCGAGGCCAUCGGCAUCGACUACGUCGACGAGAGCGAGGUCCUCACUCCCGCCGACGAGGAGAACCACAUCAACAAGCAUAACUUCCGAAUCCCCUUCGUUUGUGGCUGCCGCAACCUCGGCGAGGCACUCCGGAGGAUCCGGGAGGGCGCCGCCAUGAUUAGGACCAAGGGGGAGGCUGGUACCGGCAACGUCAUCGAGGCCGUGAGGCACGUGAGGUCCGUCAUGGGGGACAUUAGGGUUCUGAGGAACAUGGACGAUGACGAGGUGUUCUCCUUCGCGAAGAAGAUCGCUGCCCCGUACGACCUCGUGAUGCAGACCAAGCAGCUGGGGAGGUUGCCCGUCGUGCAGUUCGCAGCCGGAGGGGUGGCUACUCCUGCCGAUGCGGCGCUGAUGAUGCAGCUGGGCUGCGACGGCGUCUUCGUUGGUUCCGGGGUGUUCAAAAGCGGAGACCCAGAGAGGCGAGCCCGAGCCAUCGUGCAAGCGGUGACUCAUUACAGCGACCCGGACAUGCUAGCGGAAGUGAGCUGCGGAUUGGGCGAGGCCAUGGUGGGUCUUAAUUUGAAGGACGAGAAGGUAGAGAGGUUUGCGAGUCGAUCGGAUUAAUAAGGGCAUUUUAUUUUGUCUGGUGUUGGUGUCUGUUUUCUGAUUUGUUUUUGUAGUUUUGGGUUUUUUGUUUUAGUAGUGAUGAUGGUAGUGGUGGUCUUUUAGGAUGUGAAAGGAAUUCAAUUAUACACCCUUGUCCUGUGUAAUAUAAAACUCGUUGCUUACCACCAAAAAUAAAAUAAAAUGAAAUAAAUUUUUUCUUCUA